UUUCCUUUACCUUCUGACGCGGGCCGGAGUUCUCGUGCUGCUUGGCGGGAGCUGUGUGCUGGUGGGCUUUGCGCGAAGGGAGCCCUUCGGUUUCCCUUCUCCGGAAUCGCCCGGAGGGAUCUCACUCGGUCUGAAUCCGGACGCGAAGCUCCCCGGGCCGGUCCAGAGUGUAGUUUGCCUGCAGAGGCCCCAGUGCCCGGAUGUCCAUCAGGAUUAGCGCGAGCCAAUACGCUGGGAGCCCGAGGCUGCGCUGAGGACGCCCGGGCUCGAGAGCAGGUAGUCCCGUAACAUCGGGGAGUCGCGCUGGGGAAUCGUCCCCGCCCGGCCCCGGCAAAUGGUGAGCGCGGCGCUGGCAGAAGGGCCGCGGGUUGAAGGCUCUGAUGGACAGGAGACCUUGAGCUCUAUAAACUGAAUUAUGGCAGCCCAGUCAAGCAGCUUGUACAAUGAAGACAGAAACCUGCUUCGAAUUAGAGAGAAGGAAAGACGCAACCAGGAAGCUCACCAAGAGAAAGAGGCAUUUUCUGAAAAGAUUCCCCUUUUUGGAGAGCCCUACAAGACAGAAAAAGGUGAUGAGCUCUCCAGUCGAAUACAGAACAUGCUGGGAAACUAUGAAGAGGUGAAGGAGUUCCUUAGUACCAAGUCCCACCCUCAACGCUUGGAUGCUUCUGAAAAUAGGUUGGGAAAGCCGAGAUACCCCUCAUUUCCUGAGAAGGGGAGCAGCAUUCCAUCUCACUCCUUCCACACUAGUGUCCACCACCAGCCUAUUAAUACUCCUGCCUCUGGACCACUUCCUAUUGGUACCAUUAGCCACAACCCAAAGAUGGCGCAGCCAAGAAUGGAACCAAUGCCAAGUCUCCAUGUCAAAAGCUAUGGCCCACCGGACAGCCAGCACAUGACCCAAGAUCGCCUUGGUCAGGAGGGGUACAGCUCUAGUCAUCACAAAAAGGGUGACCGCAGGGCUGAUGGAGACCACUGUGCUUCAAUGACAGACUCAGCUCCAGAGAGGGAGCUUUCUCCUUUGUUCUCUUUGCCUUCCCCAGUACCCCCUUUGUCACCUGUACAUUCCAACCAGCAGACUCUUCCCAGGACGCAAGGAAACAACAAGGUUCACAGCAGUAACAGUAACAAUAAAAGCUACUGUCCGGCCAAGUCUCCCAAGGACCUACCGGUAAAGGUCCAUGAUAAAGAGACCCUUCAAGACAGUUCAGUAGCAGUUGCCAGCCUUGGGGUAGCCCCUCCCCAGCCACCUUCUCAGACUUUCCCCCCACCCCCCCUCCCCUCAAAAAGCCUUGCAAUGCAGCAGAAGCCCACGGCUUAUGUCCGGCCCAUGGAUGGUCAAGAUCAGGCUCCUAGUGAGUCUCCUGAACUGAAACCACUGCCGGAGGACUACCGGCAACAGAGUUUUGAAAAAACAGACUUAAAAGUGCCUGCCAAAGCCAAGCUCACUAAGCUGAAAAUGCCUUCUCAGUCAGUCGAGCAGACCUACUCCAGUGAAGUCCAUUGUGUUGAAGAGAUUCUGAAGGAAAUGACCCAUUCAUGGCCUCCUCCUUUGACAGCAAUACACACGCCUAGUACAGCUGAGCCCUCCAAAUUUCCUUUUCCCGCAAAGGAUUCUCAGCAUAUCAGUUCUGCAGCCCUAAACCAAAAACAAUAUGAUACAUCUUCAAAAACCCACAGUAAUUCUCAGCAGGGAACAUCUGUCUCUAUCCCUGCCUGUUCUAGCAUGCUCAAAGAUGACCUUCAGCUCAGUGACAGUGAGGACAGUGACAGCGGUCAGACCCCAGAGAAGCCUCCCUCCGCAUCUGCACCCCCAAGCGCUCCGCAGGCGCUGCCCGCAGCCGCGGCCUCAGCACAUUCCAGCAGCGCUGAGUCGGAGAGCACCAGCGACUCUGACAGCUCCUCGGACUCGGAGAGCGAGAGCAGCUCCAGUGACAGCGAGGAGAACGAGCCUCGAGAAGCCCCGGCUCCCGAGCCCGAACCUCCGACAACAAACAAAUGGCAGCUGGACAACUGGCUGACCAAAGUCAGCCAGCCCGCGCCGCCCGCCAAGGCCCCGGGCAGCGCCGAGCCCCCGGCCCGGCAUCCGGACAGUAAGGGCAAGGGUGGCGACGGCGCCACCGGAGGUCACGAGCGCUCGGAGUCCAAAGAGCCUCCCCCCAAGAGCUCCAGCAAAGCCCCCCGGGUGCCUUCCGAAGGCCCCCAUGCGGGCAAGAGGAGCUGUCAGAAGUCCCCUGCCCAACAGGAGCCCCCGCAGAGGCAAACCGUGGGAUCCAAACAACCCAAGAAGCCCAUCAAGGCCUCUGCCCCAGGGCAUGCGGAUGCGCAUGCAGAUGCGCGCGCCAGUCUGCUGGUGGAGAGCGAGCCCGGACUUCCUCCCCAGGCCUCCAAAGACCAGCCUUCCAAAGACAAGCCCAAGGUGAAGACGAAAGGGCGGCCUCGUGCCGCAGAGAGCCGUGAGCCCAAGCCGGUGGCGCCCACCCCCAGCGAACGGAAGAAGCACAGGAGCGGCCCCCCGGCCCCCCCGAAGGCACCUCCGAAGGACGCGGCGGAGGACAGGAGCCCCGAGCACUUUGCCCUCGUCCCCCUGACCCAGAGCCAGGGCCCUGCCCGCAGCGGCGGCGCCAGGACUAGUGGCUGCCGACUGGCAGUGGUCGUCCAGGAGGACCGCCGCAAGGACAAACCCCUGGUGCCUUUGAGAGACACCAAGCUGCUCUCCCCGCUCAGGGACACUCCGCUCCCGCAAAGCUUGAUGGUGAAGAUCACCCUGGACCUCCUCUCUCGGAUACCCCAGCCUCCUGGGAAGGGCAGCCGCCCCAAGAAACCGGAAGACAAACAGCCAUCGGCAGGGAAGAAGCCAGAUUCUGAGAAGAGAAGCUCAGAAAACUCAAGCAAGUUGGCCAAAAAGAGAAAGGGUGAAGCAGAAAGAGACCACAAUAGCAAGAAAAUCAGGCUGGAGAAAGAAGUCAAAUCGCAGUCAUCACCCUCAUCCUCCCACAAAGAAUCUUCUAAAUCAAAAACUCCCAGGCCCUCCUCUGAGCCCUCAAAGAAGGAAAUGCUUCCCCCUUCACUUGUGUCAUCCUCGUCCUCAUCCUCCCAGAAGCCAGCCAAGCCUGCACAAAAGAGGUCAAGGCAGGAAGCAGACCCCAGUGGCCAGGACCCUCCCAAAAGUGCCAGUAGUACCAAGGGCAACCACAGAGACUCUUCUGUUUCCAAGCACAGAAAAGUAGAGGGGAAGGGCUCUGGAAGCUCUACAGAACACAAAGGAUCUUCUGGAGAUACUGCAAAUCGUUUUCCAGUGCCUUCUUUGCCAAAUGGUAACUCCAAGCCAGGGAAGCCUCACAUGAAGUUGGACAAACAACAAGCAGAUUUUCACAUGAAGGAGGCCAAAAGGUUGAAGGACAAAGCAGAAUUAGUGACGGACAAGGUUGGGAAGGCUUUUAAGUACCUGGAAGCUGCCUUGUCCUUUAUUGAGUGUGGCAUUGCCAUGGAAUUGGAAAGCCCAGCGUCCAAGUCGGCUUGCUCCAUCUAUGCAGAAACCCUAGACCUCAUCAAAUUCAUAAUGUCAUUAAAAUCCUUCUCGGAUGCCACAACACCAACACAGGAGAAAAUAUUUGCUGUUUUAUGCAUGCGUUGCCAGUCCAUUUUGAACAUGGCUAUGUUUCGUUGUAAAAAAGAUAUAGCAAUAAAGUAUUCCCGUACUCUUAACGAACACUUCUUCAAGACUUCUUCCAAAGUUGCCCAGGCACCUUCUCCAUGCAUCGCAAGAAGCACAGGCACACCAUCCCCCCUCUCUCCAAUGCCGUCUCCAGCCAGCUCCAUAGGAUCCCAGUCAGGCGCUGGCGGUGUGGGGAGCGGGGGCGUGCCCGCCACCAUCAGCACCCCAGUCACCAUCCAGAACAUGACAUCUUCCUAUGUCACCAUUACUUCCCAUGUCCUUACUGCCUUUGAUCUUUGGGAACAGGCUGAGGUCCUUACCAGGAAGAAUAAAGAAUUCUUUGCUCAGCUUGGCACAGGUGUGUGCGCCCUGGCCCUUGACAGCAGUCUGAUGGACCUGGUGCGCUAUACAAGACAGGGCUUUCAGCGGCUGAAACAAGUAACCAAAACACCUUAAUGGAGGCCCAGGUUGAACUUUUUCCAGGCCUUGGGAACUUUUUUGCACGUUGGAAGCCUCAAAACAGUCCAGACAUUUGUCUGAUCAGGAUACCAAACUUGAGAAGAGAAGCACCAUGAGAUGGCCAGGACAUUUGUUCACUGAAACUCAAGAACUGUGGAAUCAUUGGUUGGACAGGAUGUUUUUGUAGAAGCAGAAAUGAGGAGGCUGGCCUCAGAGAUGAUCUUGCCUUUCCUUCCUAAAGGACAGAAGUGCAAUGUAGCCUGAGUGGGCGUAUGAAUGGUCUAGAAACAUUUCCGUCUUUUUUUAACCAGCAGGAUGCAAAUGAAAUGAGGAGGAGCAAUUUCAACUCUGAAAGCAAAUUCACAUCAUCUCAGUAGCCACAUUAGUUCAUUCCUAGAAGGAAUUUUUUUUUUUUAAACAGUGAAUUGUGGUGUAGGGUUUUGUGGGUGAUUUUUUUUUCUUUUAAGUUUUGGGGGAAAUAUUUGUUUAAUAAAUUCUAAUGGUCAUCUAUAAAACGUAAGUUGUGAAGGACUCCACUGUACCCCACUUUCUGCCAUUGAACAGUGGCUUUGAUAAUACCAGGUAUUGUCCUAAUUUAUAAAAUUGAAGGCAACCCACCCCCCGACCCCCCCAUUGCCUGGAUACUGCACGUUCAACCCAGCUCUGAUUUCUCCGUUACUGUGCUGGAAGGUGGCCCCGUUGGGCUGGGGGAGAGAGGAGCUACAGCGCCCAGGGGAGCCGUCCCCAUCCCCAUCCGCAUCCCCAUCUCCAUGUACCACGGAGGACUGGGCGCUGCCGUUCCCACCCCCUGCUCCAGAGAAAGGCAGUCACGUUGACUGUACUCUGCAUUUUCUACUUUGGGGAAGAAGGAAACCAACAUUUAUCCGUGACCAGAUGGUUGAAGUGCUUUUUAAUUUUUGUUUAAGUAGAGCUGGAAUUUGAGGUGCUGAUCUGUGGUCUACAGUUAUGUGGUAACUCACGUUGUCUACCAACUCAGAGUUUUGUCAGCGAACAAAGAAAAAUGAAAUCUACUUCUUAGAGAGGCUAUAUUUUUCUGCUACAAAUUACUUUAUAUUUAUAGCAAAACUAGACUUUGAGAGCCCUUGAUUGGCUAGGGGAAAUUAACUCCCUGAGAGGCUGUGGAGAUUUGGGGUGGUUUAUUAGACUUUCAAAAAAAAAGUCACCACAUGCCUUCAGUCCAGAGUGUUCUCAAUCAACUAGAUGUGAUUAGAUUGAAGAGGAACUGUGGCCUACCCAUAAGUUGUUAUUGCCAGAUUCUAUACAUUAAACCAAGUUUAUUUUGAAUGACUUAAAGUGGGGGGAAAAAAACCCAAACAAACAGAAUUCCCACAUAUCCAUAAGCACAGAUUUUUUUCAUUGAAACUUUGAGGGUUAUUAUUGGAAGCAUUAUUUUGAGUGCAGUGUUUUUAGAAGCCAAUUCUUUUUAUCCCUUUUAGAAGUAGAAUUUGCACAUCUCUUACAAUUGAGGAGUGAGUGUUAACGCUACAACUGGUUUAUUUUUCUGCCUUCGUCCCAUUCCGCCCCCUACGUGUUGUUUCCUACCAAGCAUGUUUGACAUUGUCAUGUUUAUUAGUGAAGAAGGGAGUACCAUCUUUAUUUGUGAGGAAGAGGUCUAAGGUCCAUAUGAUGAAUGUAAGAACUUUCUUGGUAAUUGGUAACUAUAUAAAAGGGAUGUGUAGCGGAUGGGAGUGAUGCUUAUUUUUCACAGUAUGAGUUGUUUGUGUGAAGCUGUUCCUUCAGUGUCUUACGGUAUCUAGCCUGUUCUUUGGUUAUCACUAGCUAGGACAGAGGUCUGUUACUUCAUGUUUAGGUUAAAGCGAGAGCAUUACAACAGUAGUGUAAUACCUGAGCAUAAGAACUUGAUGUGCGAUCUUGAUGGACUGAUUUCAUUUACUGAUGUUCUAAAGCAGAGCCAUGGUCCUUUUUAAGCUACUUGUUUAAAAAGCAGCCUGUUGUUAAAUGAACAGUAAUUGCCUGGUAGGUUGUCUGCUUGUGGCAUUGUGUGUCCAUCUCUUCUGUGUAGGAGACAGGACACCAGAGUGUGUUCUUCAGGACAGGCUCUGAUCCAUGCACACCGUGCUGAGUGCGUGUGUCUUGUCAGGAGCCACCGUGUCCCCCUGACUGAAGACAUUUCCAAGUCAGUUUCUCAGCCAUUUCUAAAAGAGGUAAUUGCUUUUUCAGUGGCCUUAUUCUUUGUGUGUGUGUGUUUUUUCCCUGACCUUUAUCUUAAGAUUUUAUUUGUCCCUUAAAAAACUAAUGAGUUUGCAGAGAUCAGUUUGUACUAUUUUGAUCAUGGAAUAUUUCUGAUUCUUACUGCAAAAUGCAUUUUACCUAAAAGAAUUCUUAAUGGCUACUUUUAAAGUAGAGUAUGUAAAAGGGUAGUGGCUGAUGAAUCCUUAAUGUUCAUAAGGUCUUUUCGCUGUUACAGUUGUAUAUAGAAAUCUAAAGGAUUUUUAAAUCAUUUGCACUUUUCCACUGCAUGCUUAAAUUCCCAAAGGCAAAAUUUGUACUGAGGUAGAUAAUUGAAAGAACUAGAUUAUAAAAUCAAGCCUUUGAAUAUGUGAAGUUCUUACAACAACCGUAAUAGUACACACUUCACAGUGAGACAAAUAUAAAACAUCUUGAGUAAAAAUGGAGUGUAAAAACCUUGCCUUUGGCACUACAGUUUCGUGUCUGUGUGUGUGUGUGUGUGUCUAUCUUUACUAGGAAAUGGAAGAACACUGUUUUACUUUUAAAAAUGUUGAAUGUUUCUGUCCUUCCUGGAGGCAAUUAAAAUGUGAAUCACUGAAUUUAAGAUUUUAGCUAGACUAAGGGCCCUGAUAAACAAUGAUAAAACACUUCACUGAAAUUUACCAAAUUACACUGGGUUAAGAAUGUGAAAACGUCCGCCAUAUGCCAGCUGUGGUAGAAGAGCGGGAGGGUCCAGCUGGCAUAUUAUCAGGACCAGAACUACAACAGGAGAAUGACUUAGAUGAUGCUAUGAUUUAAUCACAAUACUGAAUGGGAAAAGCAUCUGAUUUUUUUUUUUUUUGAACAAAAGGACCUUUAUUUUAUAAUCUGUUUUGACCAAAAUGUUUAGCUAUUUCCCCUAGACAAAUUGGACCACACUUAUCUCCCUUGUUCUAUAUCCUUUAAUUCCCGAUUUCAGGAUGUUUAGAAGCUAACAAACUACCCCUUUCUGGCUGAAAACUUGCCUUAACUGGUACCUUAAAUAUUAAUGUUAGUAGGAUCAGGAGCUUACUAUUUUUUUUUUAUGAUUCCUGUUCAGUAAUUUUUAGAAGCAAAAACAAACCAUUGUGCCCUCCAAAAUGAAUAAAACUCUUAUCUCUGAUAUAUGAAAGGAAAUGUGUGUGUACAUAGACACACACACACACACACACACACACACAAAGAGGCUGGCUAAAUUGGAUAUAUUUAUUGUGCCUUUGUUGACCACACCUAAUUUUGGAAUAAUGCUGUAUUCAUUUUGUCAUGGCUUUCAGAGAUGUUAGGUGGGUCUUGCACCUUUUUCUCUUCUGCUUCAUGAAGUUUGAGGUGUAUUUGUGCAUCUUUAGGUAAAUGAAUCAAAUAAGGCUUGAUUCCCUACCUCCCACACAGAUUCUACUUUUUCUUAAGGAUUUGUUUGCCCAGACACUACGCAAAAUCUGUGAAAAACUUUGCCACCUCAUCUCCUACACUCUUUACCACUGAUGAGCAGUAUUUAAAUCUUGCUAGAAUAUUUGGCCUUCUUUUAGAAACACAGAUGUAGAGAUUUCCUCAUUGUGGUUGUGGUGGGGUGUCAGGAUUAUAGCGGUACUUGGUCCCUUUCUCUCUUGCUCUAGUGGUUGCCUCUUGUUUUUGGUCCUACUUAGAAUUUGUGGAUGCAGGUUUUUUUCCUAUACUUUUUUGUCAUUUUGUUUGUGGGAGGCGGAGUGGCAGAAUAACAAACAUGGUGUUGGGGAUUUUCCUUCAAACAUUGCAAGUGGUAUUUCUACCAUAUACACCUCAAAUAUCCAAUCCAGUUGUGUCAGUCACCGAAAAUCCGAGAACGAAUUGUGACCACUGGCCAUGCUCUUUAGUUCGUAUUUACGAGGCGUUGACAAGCACCCAUCUACCACUUCUCUUAAGGUAGCUGUAAAUUUCCUGUUGUCCUGGGGAAAGCCACUCUAUUCUGUUCGCGGUGUGUUGGAUAUCAACAGGUACCGUGCUGGGUAGAGAAGUGCCUGUAUUUCUCUACCCAAGACAGCAGGAAGGAAACUUACAGCUCCCUGGGAGCCUAGAUAUUACUGUAUCAACCUGGAAGGACAGAGAAGUAAGACCACUGACAGCGAGGCUGGCCGAGCUGCACUGGUCAGACCAGGAAGUGGCUGACCUAAGGAAGAUAACUUGCUGUGCUUACAAGUAGAUGUUUAAGUGAUGCUGAAUACAGGCAGUAUUAACUUUUGUUAAUUAACUUUUGUUUAAGAACAAA